UUGGGAGAGAGUUUUCAACUCAGACACUUGCUCCAUCCUGUCCAUUGGCACGGCACGCUAGGCGACGGCCACCACCACCAGAGAGAGGCUCCUCACUCCCACACGCCUCGCCUGCUUGCCACUCGCUCCCUCACUCUUCGCCGAUCAUGUCCGGGAGCCCCGCCGACCCGCGCUCGCCGGAGCCGGAGCAGAACGGCGACGGGUACGCGUACCUGUCGGGGCUGGGCAACAGCUUCGCGUCGGAGGCCGUCCCGGGGGCGCUCCCGGCCGACGGCCACAACAGCCCGCUGCUCUGCCCGCUGGGGCUCUACGCCGAGCAGCUCUCCGGCACCUCCUUCACCACCCCGCGCCACCGCAACCUACGAACGUGGAUGUACCGGAUCAAGCCGUCGGUGACCCACGACCCCUUCCACCCGCGGGACCCGCCCAACCCGCGCCUCCUCGCCGACUUCCACGACCCGCGCGCCGCCCUCGCCACCCCCACCCAGCUCCGAUGGCGCCCCGCCGACCUGCCGCCGCCCGAUGGCCCGCCGGAGCUCGACUUCAUCGACGGCCUCUACACCGUCUGCGGCGCCGGCAGCUCCUUCCUCCGCCACGGAUUCGCAGUCCACAUGUAUGCCGCCAACAAGUCCAUGGACGGGUGCGCCUUCUGCAACGCCGACGGCGACUUCCUCAUCGUGCCCCAGCAAGGGAAGUUGUUGAUCACAACCGAGUGCGGAAAGAUGCUGGUGCCGCCCGGCGAGAUCGUCGUCAUUCCCCAGGGCUUCCGCUUCGCCGUCGACUUGCCUGACGGCCCUUCGCGCGGCUACGUUUCCGAGAUCUUCGGCGCCCAUUUCCAGCUCCCUGAUCUCGGCCCAAUUGGUGCUAAUGGCUUGGCUUCGGCGAGGGAUUUCCUCUCCCCCACGGCAUGGUUCGAGCAAGCACACCGCCCUGGGUAUGUCAUAGUGCAGAAGUAUGGUGGCGAGCUUUUCACCGCCACACAGGAUUUCUCGCCGUUUAAUGUGGUCGCCUGGCAUGGAAAUUAUGUCCCUUACAAGUACGAUCUGAGCAAGUUCUGUCCGUUUAACACUGUCCUGUUUGAUCACGCUGAUCCGUCAGUGAACACAGUGCUGACUGCUCCAACUGACAAGCCUGGCGUGGCACUGCUUGAUUUCGUGAUAUUCCCGCCUCGGUGGCUGGUGGCCGAGAACACGUUCCGCCCUCCGUACUACCAUCGCAACUGCAUGAGCGAGUUCAUGGGGCUGAUCUAUGGCGUAUACGAGGCAAAAGCCGACGGCUUCCUGCCGGGAGGCGCGAGCCUGCACAGCUGCAUGACACCCCACGGGCCGGACACCAAGACGUACGAGGCGACCAUCAGCAAGCUCGGCGGGCCGGAAGCCAACACACCGACGAGGCUGAGCGGCACGCUGGCCUUCAUGUUUGAGUCGGCUCUGAUCCCGCGCGUGUGCCGCUGGGCGCUCGAGUCACCCUCCCGGGACCUCGACUACUACCAGUGCUGGAUCGGGCUCAAAUCGCACUUCUCGCAUGGCAAAGAUGGCGGUUAUGAUGGACCGGCGACAACCGGCGGUGACGACAAGGAUGGCGAGAAGUAGCUCUGUUUCCACAGGUAGGAAAUGAAAUGAAAUGAAAUUCCUAGGCCAUGUAUAUGUAUGUAUACUACUAGUUGUUACCUGUGUAAAGGGAGAAAACAAACAGUAAUCAAUCCAGUAGGGAUAAAUAAGCAGAAUGUGCAGCAUGCAUGUACAAUCACCAUCCAACAUGCCAAUGUGUAUACCUAAUAAUAUCAUUAUAGCAAGCAAAAGCAUGUACAUUUAUGGUGAUGAGCAGUCGUUUUUCUUUUCUGGUUAGCAGCCUAUUUAUUGGCUGAUUGUACCCUGGCCACUUUUGUUGAAUAAAGCUCCCUUGGUUAAUUCUGUAAGGAAGAGGAUGCUACUAUAACUGUAUUGAAAGAGGAUCCUAGUUAAUUCCUGAAUAA